AUGGUUCUCGCUUUUAGGAUAGCAUUUACACGGUUAUUACAUGCGUUGUUGCCCGUCGAAAGCUGGCCAUCUGUACGAUUGUCGUGGUCAAGACUCGUCAGCGAGCGUUGUCUGGAACGACAACCAGAUUACUGUAAUUUUGUACGCGUCUAUGGUGAGGCUACUGCUAAGAAAGUCUACGAUGCCCAUGUGAACGAGGCUAGAGAGCACUGGAUGGCAGCUAGGUAUGAAGAAUCUCGUAAUCUAGACUUCCCCAGGUACAUCAGAAUGUUCAGACUCCGCGCCCUGCUGCCGAAUUUGCCACGGGUAUUUGCUACACUUCUUGACAAGUCUGAUGUUGCUCACUUGAGUUGGCCAGCUGCCAAUCAUCUGAUCCACUCUCACCCCUUGUUCGACGAGUUCUUUCAGCCACUUGGACAACUUGGCAAGCAGCUCGAUCCACUUCCAUCGGAUUAUGAAAGACGAAUGUCGCAGUCCACAUUGAUUGACCAUCGAAUACCAGCUGAGAUUCUUCUCCGCCAUGAAGCACGACUGGCAUUCGAGGGCUACAAGCAAGCCCUGGAAACGGAGCAGCGCAAAGAACGUCUUGAAGAGGAGUUCGAAUUUCUGCUUUCCGAUACUCCUCAGGUGACACCUGGGAAGCCAUUACAGGAUGUCAGCAUAUUUCUGCAGGGUUACCCAGCCUACGAUGCAUUACCGCCGAGUCAAGCCGCAAUGGUGUAUGAUCGUUUUCAACACGAUUUGCUGAAGCGUGCCGAGAUAGAAUUUCGUGAAUGCCUUCUGGAAAACAUCGAACUGUUUGUGACGGGGGCGUUCGCAUCCUACCGUGUGCGAUUCGAUAGUGAGCUGUUUCCGAUAUCAGAGCGGGAAAUGCUGCGGAUCAAGGAGUUUCUUCAAGACGAUUUCAGAUAUCGGCAACUGUCGCGAUUAUUCGAGCACCGAGACUCGCUCGUACGCAACUUCAUCACAUUCCUCGCUCGGCCGAAAGUGAAUGAAUGUCCAUCCAUGAACAGUUGCGCUCAGCUGGUCAUCCAUGACGCCAUCGCUAUCUUUUUUCAGAAGAAGAAGCAAUGUAACGUGUCUAUCAACCACGUGGUCGACAUUUCCGUGCAUGGCGAGAUGGCAAUGGUAGCGCAGUUCAUAACGGAUAUGAAUGUAUUGCUGAGAAACGAACCGUUUCCUACCGGAAAUGGUCCAGCUACCAUUCGCUGUUAUGGUGCCGAGGAGGUGGAUGAUGACAAGGCCUAUGAUAGAACUCAGUUGUUCUUGUUAGUUGUUCAUUCACAGGGAGUGAAUCUUGCUGAAAACACGUGCGGUAUCUUCAUCGGAGCCGGCUCGGCAGAUUCUGAAGGGUGGCUGGAGCCGCGGCAGCGACUGCAGCAACGAGAUCAACUUUUGCGGAUUUGCGAUACGGUAUGCGCAUCACAGCUUGACAGAAGGGGCGCUCUGAAGAUACAGCUCUCAGUUCUUUGUGGUGAUCCGCUUUCUCUUGACACACUAUUGAUAGCGGUGCUUGGUGUAGAAAGUGAAUCGCUUCGAGCUGUUCGUGAUCCGAAUCAGAUUGGAGCUGGUAUUAUUCCGAUAGAUGUGCACUGGAAUUCACAACGAUUCGCUGUCGAUCUGCAUCUUGGAGCUUAUCAUUCUUGGCUUACGGCCAGAACGGCCAGCUCUACCCAUGGUCAUAUCGUGGUUUAUUCUGCAAGGUUAGUGCUAGGGCAACUUGAGCCUGUUUAG